CGCCAUGAACGCCGAGGUGAUGAAGACCGAAUCAGGCGCCGCCAAUGCGACCGAUCCUGUGGGGGAGCACAAUGCAGUACAGAAGGAAGCGAAGGAGGCGACUACGGUGGGGGCUGACGGAGAGAAGAAGCUUGACGCCGCGGUGGAAGAGAAAACAGAGGCGGCGACUACGGUACGGGUGUCUUCCGAUGAGAAGAAGCUAGAGAAGGAAGACAAGGAACCUGAAAUGGGGACAGAAGAUGCGGUCAAGGUAGUAGUGCCGGCUUCUGAAGAGGAGAAACCCGAGAAGGAAACGGAGGAGGCGCCUAAGGUAGUGGCUGCUUCGGAAGAGAAGAAUCCCGACGCAGUUGAGAGGGAAAUAGAGAAGGCGAAUGAAAUAACGGAGAAGAAUGCCGAAGCAGCAGAGAAGGAAUCGGAAGUGGAGAUGAAGAUGGCCGAGGCUUUGGAAGAGAAGAAGUCCGCCGUGGUUGAGAAGGAAACAGAGGAGGAUGCGACUGCAGCGGAGGCGAAGAAGGAGGAGGGCGGUCUGGUUAUGGAGAAGGCCUCGUCCUUCAAGGAGGAGAGCAACUUCUUGUCGGAUCUCAAGGAGUCCGAGAAGAAGGCGCUGGUGGAGCUCAGAGCCGCCGUCGAGGAGGCCAUCCUCGAGAACAAGAUUUUUAGAGAUGAGCCGGAGUCGUCGGAGGGAAAGAAGGACGAGGAGAAGGAGAAGGUCCAUGAAGAAGGGGAAAAAGUGGAACUUGACAAAUCUGCGGAGGCGAAUCACGCCGGCGAAGAAAAGUCGCCGGAUUUGGAGGAGAAAUCUGCCCAAAUUGCGGCAUCCGAGAGCUUGGAGUAUAAGGAGAAGGCGGAGGCCGUUAAAGUGGAACCAGAAACCGUAGAAGAAAAGGCGAUCGACGAGGAAGUUACCUUGUGGGGCGUUCCGCUGCUGCCGAGCAAGGGCGCCGAACGCACUGACGUGAUCCUCCUCAAGUUCCUCCGCGCCCGCGACUUCAAGGUCAAGGACGCCUUCCAGAUGCUGAAGAACGUGCUUCGCUGGCGGAAGGAAUCAAAUAUCGAUUCGGUUCUCGACGAGGAGGUUGAAUCCUCCGUCGCCGGAGAUCUCGCGGUGUGCUGCUACAUGGACGGCGUCGACCGCGAGGACCACCCGAUCUGCUAUAACGUAUCCGGCGUGUUCCAGAACGACGCGCUCUACCUGAAGACGUUCGGCAGCGAGGAGGGCAGGGAGAGGUUCCUGAGGUGGAGGAUUCGGCUGAUGGAGGAGGGAAUCCGACUGCUCGACUUCAAGCCCGGCGGCGUCGCCUCGCUGCUGCAGAUCACUGAUCUGAAGAACUCGCCGGGGCCGGGGAAGAAGGAGCUUCGGACAACCAUGAAGCAGGUGGUGCAGCUGUUUCAGGACAACUAUCCGGAAUUCGUCGCAAGAAAUAUAUUCAUCAAUGUUCCUUUCUGGUACUAUGCGUUCAAUGCUUUGAUCUCCCCUUUCUUGACACAAAGGACCAAGAGCAAGUUUGUGUUUGCUCGCCCAUCGAAAGUUUCAGAUACACUUCUCAAGCACAUCCCUGCCGAAGCUCUCCCUGUUCGAUAUGGUGGUUUCAAACGAGAAAAUGAUACGGAAUUCUCUGCAGAAGACAGCGAGGUUUCUGAGCUCAUUCUCAAAUCCAACUCAACUGAAAUUGUUGAGAUUCCUAUUCCAGAGGCUGGAAGUAUUGCCGUAUGGGACUUGAGUGUUCUGGGAUGGGAGGUCAACUACAAGGAGGAGUUCGUCCCGACUGAUGAGGGAUCCUACACCAUCGUUGUGAAGAAGGGAAAGAAGUUGGGCCCGCACGAGGAACCGAUGCGCAACUCGUUCAGGAACAAUGAACCUGGGACGAUCGCGCUGACCAUCGAGAACACUACAUUCUGGAAAAAGAAGGCUUUGUAUCGCUACAAGGUGAAGAGCCAGAGGAGUUGAGAUGAUCGGGGAGGCGAUAUUGGAGUUCUUCAGCGGACAAGUUUCGUACAUUAUACUAAGUUGAAAUGUUUUUAUUUUCUGUUUAUCGAGCCCAAACAUACAAGUGAAGAAGUGCGGAGGUUUCAAAUGAUCCCCUUCUAGGAUGGAUACUAGUAAACCCUAACUAUUAUAUUAAACUGCAAGCAUAAAGGAGUACGCAAGUCGAAGGUUAUAUGAAUUGCAAACCCUAACUAUUAUAUUGUUCUUCCAGUUUCUGUGUUGAAUGUACCAAGGCAAAGGAUCUGCAAAGUGAAAAAUAAACAGGAAACUAAGACUAAGAAAUUGUUUAUCCUGCUACUGUCGU